AUGAGGCUCAUCGUAGCUCAAACGUUUAUUAAAACGCAAUGCAUUUCGUUCGCGGAGUUUUACGGCGAUGUGCCACGCUACGCCAUUCUUUCACAUACUUGGGAUGGUCGCCAAGAGGUUAUUUUCCAGGAGUGUAACCUUGAAUCAGCCAAGUCUAAGACAGGAUAUGAAAAGAUCCGCAAGACUUGUGAACUAGCGCUGAGCGAUGGAAUCGACUAUGUCUGGGUUGAUACCUGUUGCAUCGACAAAUCAAGCAGUGCCGAAUUGACUGAAGCCAUCAACUCGAUGUUUCUAUGGUAUCGGAAAGCAAGCGUCUGCUAUGUGUAUCUUGUGGAUAAGUUCGAGGAAUCGCCUCUGGCAGAUUGCCGAUGGUUCACUCGCGGCUGGACGUUACAGGAGCUCAUAGCGCCAAGAGUGAUGACCUUCUUCAACUAUACAUGGGACUGUAUCGGCAGCAAGGACAGCCUCAUGGGCCAGCUUACAACUAUUACACCUAUCGACCCUGAGAUUCUCCGACACGACGCUCCUAUCUCAUCCGCAUGCAUCGCAAAACGGCUCUCCUGGGCUGCGGGGCGAAAGACAACUCGAGUGGAAGACAUGGCAUACUGCCUGCUUGGGAUUUGCAAUGUUCACAUGCCGAUGCUCUAUGGUGAAGGGAAAACAGCAUUUCGACGUCUUCAAGAAGAAAUCAUCAGGACGACAUAUGACUUGAGCCUCCUAGCUUGGACAUCGCCAGUUUCAUCAGAUAGAUCGGAGAACGAGUAUUGCGGGUUUCUGGCUGAGUCAGUGAACCAUUUCGCAUCUUGCUCAGAAAUGUACUCUGUCACCGAUUCCCUCCUUGGCGAGGGCGAUAUCAGCGUCUCAAAUAAAGGUCUGAGACUGACGACACGAGUGCACGCUCUAGAUUAUUCGCAUUAUUCGCAAAAGGGUUACAGAUAUGUCCUUAGGCUGGAUUGUCUGUCCCCCGGUCACACUGGGCACUCUUUAACCAUACCUAUGCGAAAGGUGGGACCUAAUACUUUCAUCAGAGCUCGCAGUCUGGUGAAAGACAAAAUGGAUUCUUUCUGUCUCGAGUCUGUUUCUCUAGAAGAGAAUAUGUUUUAUACAGUUACACUUCUUACCAAAAUGCCAAACUCAACCAUUGGAUCUCCAGUAUCUACAGCCAGAAACUCGAAUCUUAUCGCGAACAGCCGCUUUACUUUAGUUUCAAUAAAGCUACCACCGGAUAUCUCAGUACUCUACACAACAGAGAUACCUGUCAAGUUUUGGGAUAUGGAAGAUCAUGUAUUUUUCGGCCCCCAUGGCUCGUAUAAAAACUGGGGUGCAAUAAUCCUCGAAACGGAUACUCUGUUCAUCUGUUUUUGGCAGAAGGAGGGCACAGAGUGGGUUUUUAACGCAAGUCUCCUCGACUUUCGAAAGAAAGGAGUCCAAGAUCUAUGGAAAGAUCUUUUUUUAUCAGCUGAUCAAUUAUGUUAUCAGCAACCAAUCGUCCGUUAUAUGCUGACGAACGUUGAGAAUGAGAUGAAGUCCUCUAUUGAAACUCGUCUUGGAGAAAACAGGAUUACUUUAUCAUUCAAGGUCUGGCGCGCAGACGAUCCGAAUUUAUGCAGUGGUCCACGAUGGAGGGUUGUGUUUAGCAAGACAAGCUUUACCAGACAGAGCUCUCCCAAGCCUGUUCCCGACUCAUAG